AUGGGUAAGCUGCCAGCACCAGCUGGAGGUGGAGGUUCGAUUUCGGUCGCGUCAAUCCUGUUACUAUCCUUAUGGUUGACAUUUGGAUUAGCUCAGGAAUAUGGAUGUCCACCUCAAGAUAAGAUACUCCCAUGCCGAUGUUCUACCAGGGACAUGGAAUUCCAAAUAUGGUGCAGUCACAGCGAACUACCACGCGUCCUGGAGGGUCUAAAGGCAGUAAGUCGUCACGUGAGCCAUCCCGUAGAUGAGCUCAUUCUCGAGAAUAACAAUUUACCCAGUCUACCGGGACACGUAUUCGCAAGUCUUCGGGUUCUGAGAUUGAUGCUGCGAAACAAUCGUCUGGAGCGGGUUUCGUCGGGCUGGCUUGAAGGGCUUCAAGAUUCAUUGCUGGAGCUUUUUUUAGUCGAGCCCGAUCUUCGAUCGUUGCCAGUCGAUAGUUUGGAAAAUCUUCAAGGCAUGGAAGCUGUUACGUUGCAGAGCAAAGUUAUGAAAAGACUUCCAAGUUUCACUGGCUUGUCAAAACUACGUUAUCUGCAGAUAAAUUCGCCAAGUUUGAUCGAACUGACUCCCCGUAAUUUUCGCGAUUUACCGAGUCUCGAGCAAUUUCACGUUUUUGGCAGUCCAAAACUUGGUCGUCUCGAGGCUGCCUUUCUGAGAGAUUUGCCACGAUUACAGUUAGUAAAUAUCAGCGACUGUGGCAUACAUUGGUUACACCCACGAACCUUCAUUAAUUUGCCAGAGCUAAGAGAAAUAGCUCUAGUUGGCAAUGAGAUUCAAGAUGCUAUGAUGGUUGGGAAAGCUUUGGUAGAUUUACCUGCUCUUUCGGUGCUGCAAUUAGACAAGAAUAAAAUUCUGAGAUUGGGAGAAGGUUCUUUUGUCGACUUACCAAUGAUUACGAGAAUAAGUGUCAGUAAUAAUCGAAUAACUGAAAUAUUUCCAAGCGCUUUUCAACGCUUACCGCUUUUGCGCACGCUCAAUCUCAAUCAUAAUCGAAUACACCGCAUCCAUCCAGAUUUCUUUCCUCAGCGUAAUCGCGAUGGAAAUGGUCUCGAAGAAAUUUGGCUGAUGGAUAACGACAUAGGGCAUGUAUCUGAGAUACGUUCGAUUCUUGAAGCCCUGCCUCGAUUGAAAUUUUUAGAAGCCAGUUAUAAUCAAAUACAAGAAAUUCCAUUUGGUUCUUUGCGCGGGCAUUCGAGCUUGGAGCGACUGCAUCUCGAUUACAAUAGAUUAAGCUUUUUGCAAAGAGACGUUUUCAUCGAUAUGCCGGCCUUGAGAGAAUUGAGAUUGAGAAAUAAUUCCUUGACCAAUGCACCUGACACGCCUUUUUGGAAUUUGCCGGCUCUCAAGGGUUUGGAUAUAUCUGGUAAUUUUUUCCGACAUAUCGAGCCUCGUUUGUUGACAAAUUUGCCGAGUUUGCGUCGUUUGGAUAUCAGUGAAAAUACAGUAGCUCUAGUAGAGCCAGAUGCUUUCUUGAACACGCCGGGUUUGGAGCAUAUAAACAUGUCAGGAAAUUCCCUAUCUGUGCUUCAUCCUAUGACGUUCCGGCAUUUGACCAAUUUAUACGAAUUGGAUUUAGGCUGGAAUCGUCUGCUUGAAAUAAUUCCAGGACUACCUCGAAAUAUUGAACAUCUUCACUUGCCGAUGAAUCGAAUAAUCGCCCUUCCGCCGGCACGGGAUUCCGACUCUUUGGUCUUACCGCAACUUCGGUCGUUAGAUUUGAGUGCAAAUGGAAUCGAGCACAUUCAACCUGGAACUCUGGUUGGUCUGCCCAACUUACGUAGGCUUAAUCUUGGUUUUAACGCUCUGACAAUCAUCGAAGAGGGAGGUUUCGACGGGCUCGACAGACUGGAACAAUUGGAUUUAAAGUACAACCGAAUAGGUCUAUUGCAAGCAAGAUGUUUCAGACCUCUCAGAAAUUUGCUGGACUUGAGCUUAAGGGGCAACAGAUUGGAGAUGAUCAGACCGGACGUUUUCGAAGAUAACGGUCGACUGCAACGAUUGGAUAUAAGUAGAAAUAAUCUCGCUCAAAUUCCUCAUGCAACUUUUGCCUUCACCAGAGAAUUGCGGGAACUUUACGCCUCCUACAACGGACUCGCCGAGCUACCGAAUUCCUUGCACAAUCUCGAGGCGCUCCAGAUUCUCGAUUUGAGCUUCAACCAAUUGACGAAUUUAUCUCCCGCUACGCUGAGCAGCUUGACAAAUCUCAUCGAGCUCCGACUCGUGCGCAACAGGGUGCGAGAAUUGCUCGAGGGAGCCUUCGACAGGCUACCUCGAUUGGCGCUCAUCGACCUGGAGAGCAACGACCUCUCUCUGGUCGAAAGAAGUGCCGUAAGAUCGCUGCCAGAGCUGCAAGCCAUUAGGCUGGGAAAAAAUAGAAUCCAAGUGAUACCAAGCGGAGCAUUUUCGGAACUGCCAAUGUUACAGAGCGUCGAGCUGCAAGAAAACCGAAUUCAGGAAAUCGCCGAGAAUGCUUUCAUCAACGUUCCUCAUCUUCUUGUGCUUAAUCUCAGCCAAAAUCUUCUGACCAGCCUCGAGCAUAUGGGUCUUGAAAGCCUAAGAUCGUUGGAGGUACUCGAUCUCAGCGAAAACCGAAUUACUCGAGUUUCCAGCAAGAGUCUAGCAGCCAUGGAGUGGCUCGUAGAAUUGAAGAUGGAUAACAAUAAAAUUUGUACCAUUCAAGGCUCGCCCUUCGACGACAUGCCCCGAUUGCGCGUGUUGAGCUUGAGAAGCAACAGGAUGGCUUCGGUCUCCGAGAGCGCCUUCAAACGCCUGCGUUCCAACAUCGCUGUGCUCGACAUCGACGGUAAUCCUUUGUCCUGCUCAUGCGGCAUGCUCUGGUUACGGGGCUGGCUGCAGCAAGCCUCUUCGGAAGGUCCUCGCUGCGCCGACGGCUCCUUGUUCAAGGAAAUUCGACUGUCGCAGCAAGAUUGUCAACGAGAACGUCGACUCGAGCCCGUUUUUCCAGGCUGCGAAAAUGAGGCGCUCGGCACGAAUCCUGGCUCGAUCACGCCCUAUGUUCAAAAUACCGAACCUCAGGCAUCGUGGAAUAAAAAUACUCCAUCGCGAGUGCCCGGUCAAGACGCCAACUAUCUCUACGACGACUACGACGAGGAUUCGGAGACCGAAACGAGCGCCGAUUUAAGCAACGCGAUAAACGGUAGUUUGUCGACCGCACUAGCUCCAGCACCGAUGCUUACGCAAUCGGCCCCGCCAAUGAGUAAUGAAGCACCCAAAGAUCCAAGUUCAUCCAACAUCAAGAACAAUAGCGGGCAGAACAACAGCAAUAAAAUCAAUGGGAGUAUUAAAAAAAAUCCAGUAAUACCACCAUCUCCUAGCAGUUCCGGCUUCACUUUCUUCGGUGUUCCUCUUCCAAAUUUGAGUUUUAAUUUGUGGGGUAAUUCUGGAAAAAAGUCGGAGCGUAAAGAUGAUGGUAUUGCAAUAUCUUCAUCGUCGCAAUCUUCCUCAUCCUCAUAUUUACGUCCAGGCAGAGGACGAUACAGAAAUUUUCCUCCAACUGAACCAGAAAUUCAUAGAGGUGGUUUUGUACCGAUGCCCCGAGGCCAUAGUGGCUUUGUACCAAUUACCAAUCCUCGGUUGGAACAGCAAAAUAAUAAUGGAAGUAACCAUAAUACAGAUCAAGAAACUACUGGUCAGUUAGUUCAUGAGCGCCAAAGUAUAAAAUUUUCUAAUUAUAGUAUUGGUAAAGUUGAACGAACGGCUCCUCUUGUUAAUCACACAACUUCUAGAAAUAGCAACCAUUCACAUAUUGCGGAUCCUGCGAAAUCCAACAAUACAUUGAAACUACCGACAACUUUGGCUCAGCAGAAACAAUAUUAUAGAACAAGUACCACACUAAGAACCACAACGACUACUGAAGACGAAAACGAAACGCCAACUGAAAGUUAUGAAUUCGAUGAAGAAAGUGGGAGUAGUCGAGUAACAUGGAAUAUUUCUGAACCAAAAAAUCAGGUAAUGAAAGGUGCCACCAAAGGCACCGUUAGUGCUGUCGUGGAGGUAAUGGACUCUGAAAGUAAAAAUCACGAUGCAAAUAAUGUCUUUAAUAAAACAUACGAAGAAUUGAAUAUAGAAAGAGAUACUACAAUGAUUAAUUCCAUGGUAACGAGUGAACCAGAACCUGAAAUUAUUACUACUGAUAUUAUUCAUACGAUGCAAGAUAUAGCAAUGGAUCAAAGCUUGUAUCGAGUAACACCUCGAAAUCAACAACAACCAACUGUUACUCAACAAAUCAGUCGAAAUAUGGAAGCCUCUGCUCUAUCAGCUCUUUUAGCACCUAACGGUCAAGUUCCAUCGGUACCAUUAGUUUAUAGUAACACAAGGCCUUUGGGACGUCCGACAAUUACAAAAGUUGCUUCGCCUUAUCUCGACAACAAUGGUGAUAAAAUUCAAGAACAAGUUGAACAGUUGCUAGCCAAAGAAGAUAGUCAUUUGAGUGGAUCGUCGGUCGAUGAAACUGUCAAAGCUGUCGAAGAUGCAGAUUUCAAUUGGUACUUUCAACAUUACAAUGAUACAGAUUUGGAACCAUUCGUAGGGGUGGUUUAUGGAAACACGGUACCUUCGAAAGCUGCGGAAAUAAACUUAGCCGUUGGAUUAUUAGUCACGAGUUUCAUGCGAUUUAUUCUGUAAAAAUUGCCACUCAAGAUAUGAAUUUAUUGUAAAUUUUCAUGCUUUUAUAAAUAAUGAUCUCUACGUAUCUAUUUUUAAAAUGCAUAUUAAAAGAUGAAUGCAAUUCAAUUCGGAAACAAAGAUAAGCGCAGAAUUCGACGUGAGUUCAGUGGCACAAACUUACUUUUAUCCGUGAACUAUUUUAUUCGAAGCAACUUUAAUUGGCAAUCAAUUUUACGAUAUUACACGCUAAUUUUAUUUAUUUCAAUGUAGGCACAAAUUGUACAAGAUGCCGUUAAAUAAUAUCUAUUUUGAAAUUAAUAAC